UAGGGAAAAAGUAAAAGACAAACACAAACAGAAGAAGAAAAAGUAUAGUGGAGGAGAGAUAGAGAUGUGAUGACUAGAAAAUUUCUAUGAUUUGUUAUAUUUGUUGGGUUGAAACCAAUCACUCUGUUCUGGCCAUUACCCCAUCAUUGUCCACACGUACUGCUUUUUUUACUUACUACUAGUACUACCAUUUCAUAAGUCUCAAUCUUGUCUCUCUUGUCUAAUUGAUCAUUUCUUCACUUUCUUGGAUUUAUUUAGGUAAUUGGGUUUUCUGGGGUUUUGAUAAAAAUUCAAGAAAGUCACUUUUUUUUUGUUGUUCUAGUAGUAAAGUUUUGAACGUUUUUUUUUGCUUCUUCAACUUCUUGGAUUUAUUCAGGUAAUUGGGAUUUGUGGUGUUUUCAUAAAAAUUCAAAAAAGUCACUUUUUUUAUUGUUGUAGUAGUAAAGUUUUGAACUUUUCGUUGCUUCUUCAACUUCUUGAAUUUAUUCAGGCAAUUGGGAUUUGUGGGGUUUUCAUUUUCAAGAAAGUAAGUUUUUUUGUUGGAGAUUGUGGUAAAGUUUUGAUCUUUUUGGUCUAAGAAUCUUGUUGUGUGUGGUUCAAGAAAAUGACUGUGGAAGAAAUUAGAGGAAAUGAUAAGGGUGGUGAAAAGGGAAAUUAUCAAAAUUAUGAUAAUUUUCCAAUUGGUAUGAGAGUUCUUGCUGUUGAUGAUGACCCUAUUUGUUUGAAGCUUUUGGAUGGUUUGCUCAGGAAAUGCCAGUAUCAUGUAACUACCACAAGUCAGGCAAGAAUGGCAUUGAAGAUGUUGAGGGAGAAUAGAGAUAGAUUUGAUUUGGUAAUCAGUGAUGUUCACAUGCCUGAUAUGGAUGGCUUUAAACUUCUUGAACUUGUUGGUCUUGAGAUGGAUCUUCCAGUUAUAAUGUUGUCCGCAAACAGCGAUACGAAACUUGUAAUGAAGGGAAUUAGUCAUGGUGCUUGCGACUAUUUGGUGAAACCUGUGCGGCUCGAGGAGCUGAGGAAUGUAUGGCAACAUGUAAUCCGAAGAAAGAACGUUGAACCUAAGAGCCGGAGCAAGUCUAACGAUCAUGACAAAUCUUAUCGGGAAAGUGGAGAAGGUGGUCGAGGGCAAUCACCGACAGGUAAUGCUGAUCAAAACGGAAAACUUAACAAGAAAAGGAAGGAUGAAGAAGAUGAGACUGAUGAAAAUGGAACUGACAAUGAAGAUACAGCAAAUCAGAAGAAAGCUCGUGUCGUUUGGUCCAUAGAGCUUCACAGGAAGUUUGUAGCAGCUGUUAACCAGUUGGGCAUCGAAAAAGCUGUCCCAAAGAGGAUUCUUGACCUAAUGAAUGUUGACGGGCUUACAAGGGAAAAUGUGGCAAGCCAUCUCCAGAAGUAUAGGCUUUACUUGAAAAGGAUAAGUUCAGUAGCAACCCAGCAAGCCAACAUGGUUGCCGCAUUAGGGGGCAAGGAUUAUAUGCGAAUGGGCUCAUUGGAUGGACUUGGAGAUUUUCGAACAUUAGCUGGAUCAGGACGGUAUGCUCAUCCUACCUUGUCAUCAUACACUUCAGGGGGCAUGCUUGGCAGAUUAAAUAGUGCUGCUGGUCUAAGUGUUCGCAAUCUGGCCGCACCUCAGCUACUCCAACCUAGUCAUGGUCAAAGUUUGAACAACUCCAUUAACGCUUUUGCAAAAUUGAAUCCGAAUAUUCUACCUGCUAGCCAGAAUGCUAGUUUAUUUCAUGGAAUUCCUGCAUCGUUGGAGCUUGAUCAAUUGCAACAGAAUAAGUCCUCUGUACAUAUUCCUUUGGAUGAGUCGAGACUGCUGACAACUGAUGUACUUGGUUGCACAAAUAACUCCUUAUCCAAUGUUUCGAAUAAUCCUAUGAUACUACAAGGGAACUCUAUCAACAUGACUCCAUUUAGCUCGGACUCCUUCAAUAGCGGUGUUAACGGUUCUUCCAAUUUUUUAGACCAAGGUAGAUGUAACGAGAACUGGCAAAAUUCGGUUCAGUUAUCGAAGUUCCAGUCGAGUUCUUUCCCAUUGACCAAAGCCUUCCUUAACAGCCAUUUGCCUCAAAGUAGUGUUAGAGAUGAUAAUUCUUCAGCUGCGCCGCCUCAUUUGCAGAACAGCUCUCUUGAUUUUGCUUCCACCACCACAGUUUCGCCUUCUUUUGAAGAUUCAAGGGGAAAAAUCCAAUUUCGUGAUUGUACGGCUGGCGCUGUUCAGAGUAUGAAUCAAACACAGUCUCAAGCAUGGGCCGAAAAUAAACAACGUUAUUCCAACAAUUCAAAUAAUACUUUCGGCAACUUAAGCUCCCAGGUUCCCAACAAUGGUGGUAACAUCACUUCUUUUAGCCAUAGUAUUCACCAAAGCAAUGAGAACUUUGGCAGAAAGAUGGACAUGUCACUGAUUGGUAGAUCAAAUGGAGGUUCGUCGGCACUCAUACAGCAUGCUGAGAAUGAAAAGUUAACCUCCGACUCAAGGACAAGGUCAAAUGAAGAUUACCUCUUGGAGCCAACAAAGCAACAAGUUGGUUUUAGUCCACAGGGCUAUGACUCCCUAGAUGAUCUAAUGAGUGCAAUGAAACGGAGGGUGUGAUUACCAUAUUUUUGCUCCCCAACAAUAACAACCAAUACCACAAAAGCGGGGCUGAAUCAAAUGGCUCUGUGCAUAACACUAUUCCCCUGGGGUUCAUCUGGCGUUACAUCUAAUGUCAAUCAGGUGCAUACUUAUAUCGACCUGUACACCUAUGUGAAACUAUAGUCAGUGUCCUUUUAUAUUGUGUUCUACUUCUGAGUUCAUUGUUCAUUUCAUCUCAUUUUAGUUGCAUAACACUAUUAUCUCAAACUGUAGACUUUUCAGCUGUUUUCGCUUGUGCUUAGUGCCCCCAGAAAUUCUUGGAUUUCUUGCAAUAUAAGAUUGAAUGUCAUAACUCUUAUUUGUAUACCAUCAAAUCCCAGUUUUCAGGAUAUCGCAUCAUCCCAAUCACCCCUAAUUCUAAGUUAUAAGGAUACACUAGGCAUCAGAAUUCAAAAAGUUACUUGUGUUUUUGUCCGCGGAUUUCGCUCAUCAAGUUCUUUUUUGAGCUUCCACUAUUAAACAACUACAACUACAACUACAACUGUACGUCAAACUUAAAUAUGUUGGGGUCGGCAAUAUGGAUCCUCAUUUAUUCCUCUAAACUCAACUCAUAUCAACAUCAUUACCAAAAAAAAAAAAAAU